AUGGGACAACUCGGUGUUCAAGUGAAUUGGAGGCCACCUGACAGGGGAUGGAUCAAGUGUAACACAGAUGGAGCAGCUAGAGGAAAUCCUGGAAGAGGAUCAUGGGGGUUUUGUUUGAGGAAUGAGAAUGGUGAUUUGAUUGCUGCUAAAGCAAAGGAAUUAACAAAUCCAGCUAGCACUAAUACUCAGGCUGAAGCAAUGGCUAUUCUACAAGCAAUAAAGUAUGUUGAGGAGAAACAAUUUCAGCAAAUACUUAUUGAAACUGAUUCCUUACUCUUGAUGAAUUGCAUUCUUAAAAUCUGGGAAGUACCUUGGCAAAUUAUUGAAGUAGUGGAGGAGAUUUGGAAAAGAAUGCAAAAUAGAACUUUUAAAAUCACUCAUAUCAUGAGAGAAGGGAAUCAGUUGGCUGACCACUUGGCCAAUCUAGCAUUAGAUGAAGGGGAAGUGGAUGUUGAAUCAUUUCAAGAACUAGGAGCUAAAGGAAGGGGGCUCAUCAACAAUGAUAAAUUGGAAUUGCCUUACUUGAGGAUAAAAACAUGCAGGAGAUAG